AAAUAACAGUUUCUCGAAGACUGUUCUGUCAUGAGAAAUUAAAUAGUCGUAAAGGCAACUGAACUAAUUAUUUUCAAUUUGUUAAUCAUCACAAUUUGGCUAUUUAGAUACGAAAUAAAACUUAGUUACCGACAUUCAUUCUUUGGUCUAUGAACGUGAAACAUAACCUAUGUUUGUGCUUUGUUGAUAAAAGUGAGUAGAGUUUAUCCGAGUUUUCAAAUUAAUUCAGCAUGUCUGACGAGGAGGUGAUAAGAAGACGACUUUUGAUCGAUGGUGAUGGAACUGGAGAUGAUAGACGGUUAAACGUCAUCUUGAAAAAUUUAACUAAAUGGGCACAUUCUCCUGAACCUAUCGAUAAUCAAAUUGCUCUUGAUCGAACUUUGUGGCAAUUAGGACUAUGUGAAUUUUCCGUCAAACGUUCUAAAAUAUUGAGGAAAACAUCAACUAAACAAUUGAUGAAAUACAGUCAAAUUCAGGAAAAGUUGGAAAUGGAAAUAGGAAAAACCAAAGAUUCAAUUGAAGAGAGCAAAAAUAAUUUGAAGCAGGCGAAAAUAUGGAAGCAAAAUCAUGUAAUGUAUGAUUUACUUGCCAAUACAAUUGUAGGGCAUCCGGCCAGAAAAGAAACAAAUAAAAUGCUCAAUAAUCUACAAACAGAACUGAAGAACUUGAAAGAACAAAGCAAAUCCCUUGAGAUGAAACUUGACUUACGAAAGAAACAGUUUCAUGUUUUAGUCACAAGUGCCAAUCAACUGAGAGCGAUGCUUGACGAAGUUGAAAAUGAAGAUUCCAAUAUAAGUAUGUCAUUAAUAGAUAUCACAAAUAGUCCGGAACCUGAACCAAUGUCAGAGUGAAGAUUUAAAUAAUUAUUAGGAGAAUUAUAAUAAUGAAAAAUAUUCAUUUGUAUGUAUUUACACAUAUUCUGAAAGUUAAUUUGAAUUUCUUUUAAAAAAAUUUGUUAUUUUUGUUUGUAGGAAUAAUUUUUUUACGAAUCCACUUCAUUAAUAAAUAUUUUUGUAUGGGUAUUCAUUUGGAUUUGAAGAUGAGAAUAAUUUUAUGACGAAUGUAUUGAUCGGUUUCUCUUUCAAAUGUGGAACAAUUAAAAAUGUAUAAAUUACUAAAAA